AUGGUCUGCGGCGCAGGCUGGAGCCCCGCGACAGAGCCGAAGAAGCUGCAGCCCGGCAGCAGCCACGCCGAAGCGCCGCAGCACAGUGUGCGAUGUGCGGGCCCGGCGGUCCAGUUAGACGCGAAGGCUGCUUCCAAGACGGCAGCCUCGGGUCACGAGGGACCGAACGUGCCGCUUGCGACGCCGCCGCGCCGUCCUUUGGCACCACCGCCAAACGGCCCUUGCUCCUCCGCGACACGCGCCGCAGAGACGCGCUUGUCGCCGCCAAAGCAACAGCAGCAGCAGUGGCAGCGAGACUUAACGUCGGCAGAGAGCGAUGUCAGUGUUGGUUACAGCAGAAAGAUUCCUUAA